AUGGAUAAUUUGAGAGGAUUCGACACGCGUGGUACGCAGUAUUCGGGUGCACGAUUAGCAUGGGAAUCGGUAGCGUGGCCGUUGCAGCAAGGCAACCGAGUGCCGAUCGAAAACGACGAGCAGGCGGCCACUCGACUGAUACCUGCUUCACAGCAACCCGAAUCACUUCUUGCCACCACCGGAAAGGCAUCAGCUGGUGCUGCUGCUGCUGCUGGAAGGGCGCAAAUACCGUGCUAUGGUAGUCCAAUUCCAGCAAGUUCGUUUUUUUUUGAAUUAUUGGUACCAUAUUUAGCAAAUUGGAGCAAAAUGCAAGCAGCACAAAGAUUUUACAGAAUAUAUAGUAUGGAUCGACAUUAG